AUGGAGUCACCUUCUCGACCUGCUCGAAAUGCAGCCGUCUGUUUAUGUUUUGCCCUCGCUCUUCUCCUCGUCGUCCUAGUACUUUCCACGGAUCCUCCCUGCACUCACCGCGGUCUUUCGACUCUCGAAUUCUCGUCGCUCGCACCCUCCUUCGGCUGUAACUUCCCGAUUCUAUCCCCAAUCGCAUCCCUCGUUUCUUCCUCGCUCCUUCCCUUCCCCCCCCCGACGCUCGCCUAUUCCAUCCAUGGCGCCGAUGCAACCCCUUCCGCGCGGACUGAUUCUCCGUCGCACGCGGCGAUACGCGACCCUCUCGAUCGCGCCUCGCACUCGUCGCGGCUGCGUCGCCCGUCGCCGCAGUCGCACGGUGUGGGCGACGCGUCGGCGAUUCUCCCCGAGUACCUGGGCCACGUGGCGACGGGCGGCGAGGGCCUCGCGUGGGGCGACAGGUGCUUCGAGCAGGUCACGGCGCGACUGGCCGUGCGCGCGGGGAGGCUUGGGCGCACGGGAGGGGGAGGGGGAGGAGGAGGAGGCGGAGGAGGAUUAAGAGGAGGAGAGGCCGUGGGGAUGAGGAGAAGCGUGAGAAACGAGGGUUGGGAUGUGCCAGAUGUGGGAGAGCGGGAAGAUGGGGAGGCGAGGGCAAGGAGGAGAGUGAUGCGAGGCGAGGAAGGGGGAAGGGAGUGGGUGGUGGCGAUUCAGCGGGAGCCAGGGGCGGAGGGAGAGGGCGGGUCGGAUGGGGCGAGGGUGAGGGCGGUGGAUGGACGACAGGCUGCAGCGACCGUCACUCUCUCUGUGCGUGACUCUCUCUGUGCGUGCCACAUGCACCCUGUGUCGUGCCACAUGCACCCUGUGUCGUGCCACAUGCACCCCGUGUCAUGCCACAUGCACCCCGUGUCCCCCGUGGCAAGCGGCAUACGCUCUCCACGGACCCCCGUGGCAAGAGGCGCAUGCUGUGCACAGACGUGUACGCGCUCGCCAAUCUUUUCGUCCCUUCCCCCCACCAUGCCUGCCCUGUGCCAUCCCCUUCCCCACCAGCCCCGUGGCAAGCGGCGCAUGCUGUGCACAGACGUGUACGCGCUGGCCACGCCGUUCCACCUGGUGGUGCGCGUGCUGCCCCUCGCCCUGCCCCACCCCAUCACCGUGCCCUGGCCCGCCAUGGGGCCGCUCGAGAUGGACUAUGUGCAGCAGCGGGGCGUGGCUGUGUUCCGCCUGCCCCACGGGCUGUGGGGGGCGGUGAAAGCGCUGCUGCAGCUGCUGCCUCUGGCGUCUGACAGCAGUGUGGGCGAGGCGGCUCAGAUGCGCUUCCUGCAGCAGCACAUGCACGCCUCCUUCCACCCCCAUGUGCCCCUCGCACCGCCACCCGACCUCAGUCUUCCUGCCGCCACGGCCUUCCUGUCAAGCGGCGAUUUGCUGCUGACCAGCAAGUUCCGCGGGCCGUGGGGGCUUUUUGAGACCAUUGAGAAGUGGGUCACCGGCAGCUAUGCUGCUCAUGCCGCCCUGCUGCUGCGCACUGAUGCCGCGGGGUCGGGUGCGGGUGGGGGAGGUGAUAGGGGUGAGGGAGUGGGGGACGGGAAAGAGGGGGAGCUCUGGGUUGCAGAGAGCGGGCGGAUCAGCGUGGCAGGGCGGCCGGAGAUUGCGGUGGAGCGGUUUUCAGAAUGGUGGAGGCGGAUGCAGAGGGAUCCGAGUGGGCAGCACGUGGUGGUGCUGCGGCUGGGGGAGGAGGGGCGGCGGCGAUGGGACAAUGGGCGUGCGUGGGCGUUUGUGAGGGCGAUGGAGGGGCGGCAGUUUGGGUACCACAACAUAAUGUUCAGCUGGAUUGAUACACCUGCAAACAACUUCCCUCCGCCCAUCAAUGAGAACACGGUGGCAGCACUGGCAGCCGUGUGGAGCCGAGUGCAGCCGGAAUAUGCCGCCCGCAUAUGGAACGAGGCCCUUAACAGGCGCCUGGGGAUUCAGAACCUCUCGCUAGAGCAAGUGCUGGUGGAGUGUCAGCGCCAAAACAUUUCGUUCGGGCAGCUGCUGGCGCUGCCCGAGCAGGACAGCUGGCGCUACAGUGACGGGCUGUCGCUGUCGUGUGUGGCGUUUGCACUGCGCGUGUGGAAGGAGGCGGGAGUGUUUGGCCCCAUGGGGGACAACAUCAAUGUCAGCGAAUUCACGAUCCGAGACGCCUACCAGCUGCAGCUCUUUGCGUCCAAUGCUUCCCACCUGCCAUCCUGGUGCUUCAGCCAAGACCAAUCAGAGGAGGAGCAAGCAGGACAGGAGGAGCAAGCAGGGAAGGAGGAUAAAUUGGGGAGAAAGGGGAUCAGGGGAACAAGGGAGGCGAUGGAAAUGGGGCGUAGCACCACACGGGGAGUGGAGGGGGUAGGUGGAGCGAGGGCAUGGUGUCAGCUGCUGGGCAAGUGGCGCUUCGACCUGCCCGGCUUCAACUCCAUCCCUCUUUAUGCCCACAUGAAUGAGCGAUGCCCCACCCUCCCCCCCAACUACAUGCGACCGUCCUCCUGCUGA